AUGGAAACAUCCAUGGCAGGGCCAGAAAUUUCACCUCUGAUCAGGCAAUAUAGUCUAAAGGCAGAGGAGGAGACUCCGAAUAAUACACUUGUGCAAGCCCUAAGCUCCACAAUUCGGAAGCAAGACGAGGAUGAAACGCAGCCCAAGAAGCAGGCGGAUGAAUGGAGAGCAUGGCUCAAAUUCGGGCAAUCCACAGAGUUAAUAAUAAUCAUCCACAAGAAUGAGAGGCUGUAUUUGCUGAUUCUCCUUAGUGACCCCGAUCUGAAUCGGUUAGAAAACGGCCGCAAGAGCGUUGUUGAGAUAUGGCAAAAAUUGGAGCAUCAUGACUUGAUCCCAGCGGAAUCAAUCCUAUCGUUCGAUGGUGUACCUAAUAUUGCCACGCUGCAGAAAGCAGUGAGUGAUGCCCAGGCGAAAUGGGAGACCAAAAAAGGAACCGGCCUUGGGAAGCUCAAGACCUAUGCUUCUGAUUUUCUAGAAAUGAUGGAUGACCAUUCAUAUUUGUUCAAAAUCAUUCCGGCCGGAGAUAAGUAUAUCAGUCUCAUCACCGGGGUCGUGUCAUCUGUUGUAAAAGCAACCGUGAGUCACAAAAAGAUUGCCGAGGGGUUCUUUUUGGCCUUGGUCGAUAUGAGCAGCAAUUUGCGCUUUGUUCAGAAAAAGACCGAUAUCUGGGAUAGUCCCGACAUGAGAAAAUUCGUGGUGGACUUUUAUGUUAUUGUAUUCGAGUUCCUAUGCCAUGCAAUGUUGUGGUUCACUCGCUGGAGAAAGCGAUUACGUUCAAUGUGGAAUAAGAACUUUUACGAUAAUACGGUCCAGGAUAUGGUCACUCGGAUGCAGAAAGCAGUGGGCAGAAUCCAAUCCGAAGCGUCACACCUCGCAGAAGUGCAAGUCCAGGAAAUUAGCAAUGGCUGGGGCGCGUUUCUAGGUAGUUUUCGGUCUCUUAACAACGAUAACAUGAACAAAUUCCUUCCUCUCCAAAUUGUGGGAAGUGAAAGCCAUGACGACGACCAGGGAAAAAUCCACCAGAAACAGCUUCGUUUCGCCCAAUUGGUGGGAACAUAUUCCAUCGAAUCCCUGCGGGCUGUUGAAGCACACUUUGAACACGAUAUGGAGUCACAGAAGGGACAUGAGUACCCAGUUGUGAAGGACAACUUGAGGGAUGUGGUGGUUCUCGAGGACCAGGCAUCUGAUGUUUCAUCUGAAUCUGACUCGGCUGAGCUGUAUACGCGGUAUGACAUUCAAAAGGCCACCAAUUCACUUAGUAUAUACACGGAGGAUGGCAAGGUAGAAAUGGCCAAUGCGCUUCGGGGGAUUUCCUCCUCACUGCUACCGCAGGAGAUCUUGAACGAUGUUCAGGGGUGGAUUGAGAGUCCAAAAUCCAGAAUGAUCUGGAUCGAGGGGGUAUCGUCAUCUUCUUAUGGGUCAAUCCUUUCCCUAUCGGCAAUGCAGCUUUGCGCUAUUAGUAUGGAGGCACGGAUUCCUUGCGUGUCCUUCUUUUGCAAGCCAACCUACACAUUCACCUCGACAUCCCAAACAGGUAUCUCCAACCAAGAGGCCGCGGUUGUAGCUUUGCUGUACUCCUGCAUUGCUCAACUUGCGCGUCUUAUUCCAGCAGAACUUCCGGCCGUUCCCGAGCUCCACCAGCAGCAAUUUGAAUUGCUUGAUGGGAGCAUCAGCAGUGCCCUCGUUGCGCUGCAGAUUAUCCAAGCACUCCUUGUGCAUGCACCACCGUCGAUGAUUUGGGUGAUUGAUGGGCUGCAGUUGGCAGAGAGCCGAAGCACAAUUCCUCUCCUCAGGAGCUUCGUUGACAUCCUACGCAAGCAGGAGGAGCUUCGGGUCUCGAAAGUCUGCUUUACAACAGAUGGAAACAGCUAUGUGUUAAUACAGGACGUUAGCGUGUAUGAACAUGUUGAUGGGUCUCGAAUGGCUCAGGGAGGACCGGGGCGGCAAUUGCGUGGAGGUGGCGAUGUUUUCGUUGCAUUAAAUAGAUGGUAG